GUGAUUGGUCGAAUUUGUGUGUAACGGAUAAAACCAACGGAUAAAUGGGUGUUCUCGUCACAUCGCGAACCUGAUGUUGCUGAUGUUGUGUUCAGGGGCUGUGGCUCGGGAAGAAUUUAAUUCGGAUUAGUUGUGUAUGGAUUUUUAAUUUUGACCAAGCGUGCGACCUGGCUGUAUUCGGGCAUCAGUGAUUCACAGACCGUUCGUCGAUGCGACUUGUUUCGAAAGUUCUAAAUCGAAAACAUGGCUGAUGACACAGAGUACUUGAAGCUGUCUGUGGAGGACCGUUGUCAACAUAAGUUGUGGAAAGCUCGUCUUAGUGGGUACGAAGAUGCCACCAAGCUUUUCGGUUCUGUCACAGACCCCAAGGGUCCAGAGUUUCAAAAGUUUCUGCCUCUCAUCAAGAACUUCGUCACGGACAGCAAUGCAGUGUCCCAGGAAAAGGGCCUCGCCGCUGUCCUAUCGUUCGUUGAAAAUGCCCAGCUGGCCAAUCGCAUAUGCGGCGACGUCCUCACCGGGCUCAUCACCAAAUGCAUUGCCGCGCCGAAGCAGAAGACGCGGGAACUGGCGCAGGAGAUCAUCUACAUGUACGUCGAAAUCGAGAAGCAGGAAGUGGUCGUGGAGGAACUUAUCAAGGCACUGGACAACAAGAACCCGAAGAUAGUGUCGGCAUGCGUGGCAACACUGAGAGAGUGCUUGCGCCUGUUUGGCGCCCGCGUCAUAGCCGUAAAGCCUCUCUUCAAGGCACUUCCAAAACUCCUCGAGGACAGGGACAAGACAGUGCGCGAAGAAAGCAAGUUGCUGACUGUCGAGCUCUACCGAUGGAUUGGAGAUGCCCUGAAGCCACUGCUGCAGUCUCUGAAGCCCAUUCAAGUGUCCGAACUCGAAGCAGAGUUUGCCAAGGUGGAGAAGGGCACUGCGACUCCCGAGCGUUACAUCCGUUCGGAGCAGGCACGAAGAGCGCAGGCAGCCGAGGCUGGCACCGAUGGCGUGGAUGGUGUCGAAGAGGGCGAGGAGUGCGGUGGUGACGGGGGCGCCACUGUUGAUGCGUACGACCUGCUGGAACCCGUUGACAUCCUCUCUAAGCUUCCCAAGGACUUCUACGAGCAGUGCGAGGCCAAGAAAUGGCAAGAGCGAAAAGAGGCGCUCGAGAAACUCCUCGAGCUCGCGAGCAAUCCUAAGCUUGAACCUGGCGACUAUGGUGAUCUUGUCAAGGUGCUAAAGAGGAUUGUGGCCAAGGACAGCAACGUAAUAGUGGUGGCGCUCGCGGCCAAAUGCCUGGCAGGGCUGGCAGCCGGUCUGAGGCAGAAGUUUCAUCCGUACGCGAAUUCGUGCAUUUCAACGUACAUAGAAAAGUUCAAGGAGAAGAAGCAGAAUGUGGUGACUGCUCUGAGGGAGGCUCUGGACAAUGCGUUCCAGGCCACAAACUUGGAAGCCAUCUUGGAGGAUGUGACAGGGGCUCUGGACAACAAGAAUCCGCAGAUAAAGGCGGAGACAACCCUGUUCUUGGCGCGUGUCUUCUCCAAAUCCACACCGGCCAUGUUGAACAAGAAGCUGCUGAAAGCAUUGGUGACAUCUUUGCUCAAGACGCUGAACGACUCUGACCCAGCCGUGAGGGAGGGUGCAAGCAUGGCCUUGGGGACAGCGAUGAAAGUGGUUGGUGAGAGGGUGAUAACACCUUUUCUUGGUGACCUGGACAAUCUCAAAAUGGAGAAGGUGAAAGAAUGCUGCGAGAAAGCAGAAGUGGUCGCUGCCCCACCUCAAAAAGCCCCUCGCAAGCCUGCUGCUGCUGCUGCAUCCCCUGGCAAGGGUAGUAUGGAGUUGAAGCCGGAAGCACAGGCCCCCACGCAAAGGAAGGCCGCAACUACAGUGGCAAAGCCUCGUGGUGGUGCCCGGGUUGUGAGACCGGGGGCUGCUUCCUCCGCUGCACCGUCGUCUGCUCCUGCAAGAGCCACGCAAAAGGCCAAAGCGUCUGGAACUGCGAAAGCGCAGUCGGGCAGCAGUGCUUCUUCCAAGCCUGUGUUCUCUGAAAUGUCUCUGGCAGACGAAGAGGUUCAAGGCCGAGCUGCAGCCUUGUUCCCAGAGGAAACCCUUACGGCUUUGGGGAGCGCAAACUGGAAGGAUCGCUUGGCUGCCAUUGAGAAGAUGAAAGAGGUUGUCGAGGCUAUGGAAGGAAGCCUGCCUGUUCAAGUCAUUGCAAAGACGCUGUGCCGUAAACCUGGACUUCGAGACACAAACUUCCAGGUGCUGAAGCUGAAGCUGGAAACUCUAGUGGUGGUGCUGGGUGGUGGACCUGUGUCCCUGUGUGUGGCCGAUUGCUUGUUGCCGGACUUGGUGGACAAGGUCGGGGACAUCAAGAACGGCCAGGGUGCCGCAUCUGCCCUGACAGCCCUGGCGGAGGCCACCUCCCUAGACCAUGUCGGCCAGGAGGUUCUACAGCUUUGUUUUGCCCAGAAGAAUCCGAAGAACCAAAGCGAGAGCCUGGUGUGGCUGGCCAAUGCUAUCAAAGAGUUUGGGCUCAAGGUUCCAGUGAAACCAGUCAUAGAAAGUAUCAAAAAAGGUCUUGCUGCUUCAAAUCCUGCGGUGAGAACAGCAUCCAUCACACUGGCUGGUGUUCUGUACCUCUACAUGGGCAAGACGCUGAGGACCUUGUUUGAAGGGGAGAAGGCCACCCUUGUGCAGCAGCUUGAUGCGGAACUUGCAAAGAUGGAAGGCCAGAAACCUCCUGCCCCCAUUCGCGGUGUGCCGACUUCCUUGGUCAACGAAGGGGGAGGUGAUGCCACAGAGGGUGCACAGGAGGCGCAAGAGGCUGCUCUCGAUAUGGAGGACCUGGUUCCUCGAACGGACAUCAGUGGCCAGCUGACGGAGACCCUGCUGUCGGAACUGUCGGACAAGAAUUGGAAGGUUCGCCAGGAGGCCCUCCAGAAGCUGGCAGCCAUCGUAGAUCAAGCCAAAUUUAUUUGCCCAGAGCUCGGUGAUCUGCCUGGCUCACUACGAGCGCGGUUGCUCGACUCAAACAAAAACUUGGCUAUCCAGGCUCUGAACAUAUGCCAGUGCCUGGGUGCAGCCCUAGGUCCCCACUGUGGACCCUAUGUUCGUACUCUUGCACCCGGCAUGUUUGCUGCCCUGGGUGACAGCAAGAACAUGGUUCGUGCGGCUGCACUCUCCUGCCUUAACGAGUGGUCUUCCCAUGCCAGCCUUGGGAGCUUCUUCGAAAACGAGAUGCUCAAGGAUGCGCUGAAAGCGGAAAACCCUCUGCUUCGGUCAGAGUUGUUUGGCUGGCUAGCGGAGCGGCUGGGCGCUAGCGACGCCAAGGGAGUACCCGGUGCAGAGUUGGCUUCCUGCCUACCCCAUCUGUACCAGUGCCUGGAAGACCGCAGCGGGGAGGUCCGCAAGAAGGCCCAGGACCUCCUCCUUCCGUGCAUGCUUCACCUCGGCUACGAGUCCAUGGCACGGGCUACAUCCAAGCUCAAGGCUUCCUCGAAAACGCUAGUCAUGGCGCAGCUCGACAAGGUCCGGCCGCAGCUUCCGGCCAAGGUUCCACCCAAGGGCAAGGCCACCAUUCUCAGGGGUGGGAGCGCCCAGGCUGCCGCUGCGCCACCCCCGAUGGCUGCUCAAGCACAGCAGGCGGCCUAUCGUGUAGAGUCUGUCACGCCUGAGGAGGAACAGGGUGCAGUUGGUGGAAGUGCCGGUGGCCGCCUGCACAAGAGCAGCUCAAGGAGCAAGAUGCCUGUGAAGCCUGCGAGCUCUGGCAAGUCGUCUCGGAAGGAGGAGGAGGUAGACUUGACGCCUCUUUUGUCCGCGAACAAUUUGAAAGAGCAACGAAUAGCCUUCGAAAGAGCCCUCAAGCUGCUCAAGUGGAACUUCAGCACUCCACGAGAGGAAUUCUACCAGCAACUGAAAGAGCAGAUGGUGGCAGCCAACUGGGCUCCUGCUUUGGUGGCCAAUUGCUUCAGUGCAGAUUUCAAGAUGCACAUCAAGGCCAUUGACAUGCUUCUAGAGUUUCUUAGCUGUCCCGGUGGUGUUGAGGCCACCAGUGCCAAUGUGGACCUGGUACUCAAAUGGCUCACUCUUCGUUUCUUCGACACCAACCCGAGCGUGCUGCUGCGAGCCCUGGAGUACCUUCAGGCGCUGUUUCCAGCGCUGUACGAAGCGGGCUACAAGAUGCACGACCUCGAGGCAUCUUCCUUCCUGCCAUACCUGAUCCUCAAGGCUGGUGAUCCUAAGGACACGGUGCGCAAAGGGGUGCACGAUAUCUUCCGGCGCAUCUACAAGGUCUUCCCAGGCAUCAAGGUGUUCAACUACCUCAUGCAGGGUUUGUCGUCCAAGAACGCCCGCCAACGGGCAGAGUGCUUGGAAGAACUGGGCUUCCUUUUCGAGGUUCUCGGCCUCCCCAUCUCGGAACCCACGCCUGCAGUGCUUCUCAAGGAAGUGGCCAGGCACAUUUCGGACAGGGACAAUGCUGUGAGGAACGCAGCGCUCAAUUGCGUGGUGCAGGCCUACUUCCGCGAGGAGGAGAGGGUCUUCAAGUACAUUGGCCAGCUUUCGGACAAGGACAAGUCUCUGCUGGAAGAACGCAUCAAGCGGGCAUCGCGCUCACGCCGCUUGACUGUGUUGCCGCCCGAGGAGUCCCCGCCUGUCAAGAACCCGACGCCCCCACGUCCACAGUCAGCUGUGUUUGCAUCCGCCACCACAAUGGAGCCCGAUCCUGAGCCAGAGGAAGUUGUACACAGGCGUCCCAAGAGUGGCACUCCUUCUGGGGCACGUCCGCGGUCACUUGGUGUCACUCUGAGCUCUGACUUGGAACGCAUGCUGGAGCAAGCAGCCGUGGCGCCACCCAAAGUCGCGGGCCUUCAAGAGGUGGAUGUUGACGCCAUCCUGGCGGAGCCGUCCAUUCAGCUGCCGCCCCGCAGAUGUCUCGAGAAAAGUGCCAGCCCUCCUAGCCAUGCUCGUAGGCUGCCCCUAGACACAGACUCCCUGGGCCUCCUCAUAUCGCGGUUGUCAUCGCAGGAAAUUCCCAUUGUGCUCGAAGGUCUGACCCAGCUGGACACAGUGCUUAGCACCGAUGGCGGUUCUGCGUUGCUGGGUUGUGCUGACCAGCUGGUGAACAUGUUGUCCCUGCAGUACCGGCUGCUCUACACUAAGCACAUAACUGAUGACUGCGUCGCCAAGGCAGAUGUUGUCGAGCUGUACAGUCGGAUUGCAGCUGUGCUCCUCAAGGUGUUUGAUGGCCGCACAUUGGGGCGACGCGUGAGCACUGGCAUUCUCAAGGAGCUGCUGCCUCAGCUGCUGAUGGUACUGCUGGACAAGCGGAUCACCGAGCUCCGCCACGGGCCUCACCUGCAGCGGACCGUCAACAUCCUUGCUCUCCACAUCAUUCGAAAUGGGAACCCCACCUGUGUUCUUAGUGCAUUGAUAACACACCUGCACGACUGCUUGGGCAACAUGAGCACCCAGACAUCCGAGAAGUACAUUGACCUGGUUGUCAAGUGCUUGUGGAAGAUGAUGUCUUCGCUUGAGAACAUUGUGGACGAGCUGAGCCUGGAUAUGGUCUUGUUGGACCUGCACCUGUUCCUGAAGGCGUACAGGGGUUCCUUCUGGGAGGGUCGGCCUUCAGACACACCAUUGCGCACGGUGCGGACUAUCAUCUACAAGCUGGUCGGGCUCAAAGGUCACAAGCUGCUGACGUAUGCAGAAAUGGUGCCAGGCCAAGAAGAGUCUUCCCUCGUGAAUACGAUCACCAAGAUGCUGAAGAUGCACGCUCGCAAAAGUGCAGAGAUUUCUGCAAACAGGGGAUUUUCUGAUGACUCUCAGAACAAGAGCAAUGACGAAUCCGAGCAGAAGAGCGUUCAUCAGCAGUUCAAGAACGUCAUGCUCAAGUUGAGCAGUGAAGACGACUUUGACGAGCAUAUUCAGGUACUGCACCGGCUGUGUAAGAAGAACCCAGGCUUCAAUCUGGACCGGCUUCUCAGCACCUGUUCGCCACACAUCCGCGAGAUAGUGCGAACAAGGCUAAACGAACUUGAAAAGCAACCUCCAGGCUCCAAUGUAGCACAUGUUCUUCCUCUGCGCAUGAAUGAUACCAAUCGCCACAGCUACUCCAGUAGUCCUCGGAAAGGAGACUUGUCGAAGCUGCCCAAGGACUACAUCCACUGGAGUCGGAAGCAAUGGGCAACUCGCCUUAAUGCAGUCUUAGAUCAGCUGAAUGCCAAAAGGCGCUUCAAUGUCGAUGACUAUCCCUCAUCGGAAGAAAUCCCCAACAUAUACAGUGAACCCCUGCAUGUUCAAGAGGAAAGGUAUCAGCAGAUGAUACAGCGGUCGGAGGACACGACAAAAACGGCGUUGCAGAUAAUCGCCGACUUUAGGAACCAUGGUAGAAGUCGCGAGGACUCUCAAUGCUGAGCAGCAUGGCAGUUUUGAGUUCUUGUUUAGCAGACGGCGGGCUGUUUGGCCUGCACCACGCAUUUGACGAAUAACCAAUGCAUCCUGUGUAAAUAUAUGUGGAGAUUAAGGAACGCUAGUACCGAUUAAGUUAGUCUUCAUGAAUGUGCUUUUAGUUUACCUGCUUUUAAAUGUGCUUUUAUUCGCGUGAAUAAAUUAUUCCACCAAUGGA